AUGGAAGGUUCGCCGUACUUUGAGGCAUUGGACGAUGCCAGUGGCUGGGCUUGGUUUAUGCCACUACACGAUGGCACUCGCUCCGUGGGAGUUGUUCAAGACCAGAAAAUUGCGACUGAACAGAAGCGACAGCUCGGACGUCCCUCAACCUUGGACUUUUAUAAGCAAUGCGUCGAAAAGGCGCCCAGGACUAGGAAGCUCCUCUCGGGAGCGGAGAUAGUCACCAAUGUCAGAGCGGCCUCGGAUUGGUCCUAUACCGCGUCAACUUAUCACAUACCAAAUGCACGCAUCUGCGGAGAUGCCGGCAGUUUUAUUGGCCCCUUGUUUUCCUCGGGUGUCCAUCUGGCUGUGACAGGCGGUCUCUCAGCGGCAGCUACGAUUGCAGCCUCGAUCAGGGGCGACUGUGAUGAGCAGACGGCUGGGUUGUGGCACACCAAGAAAACGGUUGAGAGCUAUACUCGAUUCUUCUUGGCAGUUAGCAGUGCUACAAAACAGAUCCGUGAACAGUAUGAGCCUAUUAUCCAGGACAUGGAGGAGGAAGGGUUCCAAAGAGCCUUUGAUCUUCUGAAACCUAGUACGGACCUCCUGAAGCACUUCAUUUUAGCUCCAGUUUUAGUUCUUCAGUUAACCAAAAUCCUUUGUGUUUUAGUCAUCCAAGGUACCGUCGACGCGGAUAAUACAGGGAAGAUCUCCUACACCGAAAUCUCCAAGGCACUCGAAUUCUGCUUUAGGGCUUUCACAUAUGUCCCGCCAGAAAAGAAAGACGCACUGUUCGAGAAACUGAAGAACCUCGGUGUUGAAUCUGGACAAAGCGACGCAAAAGAGGCAAAGGCACUUGAUGAUAUAGAAAAGCAUCUUACAAGGGAUGAGCUACAGGUAUUGGAAAUUCUACGAAGUAGGCGCAUGAUUCGUGAAGACCCCUUUGAGAUGGAUAGCUUCACACUCGACACGAUCGACGGAUUGGCGCCGAACUUAGUACGUGGUAAAUUGGGACUCGUUAAGGCUAAUCAGGCCAAAAUUGACAAAGCUCACUUCUUUUCGCCGCGAUUUUUGGACGGUAAGGCCCCGGGGAUUAGGGAUGAGAGCAUUUUUCUGCCCACGUCAAGGGUUCGGCUUGGUUGA